AUGUCUUACCAAUUAUAUAGAUCGACAACAUUGGGGAUAGCUCUUCGAAGUACCUUAGAUGAAUUUGUCGAGGACGGUACAAUUACACCUUCCCUAGCUCAAACGGUACUGACAACUUUCGACAAAUGUAUUAACAGGGCAUUAUCCCAGCGAGUUAAAAAUAAGGUUAAUUUCAAGGCUGACAAACUAAAAGCAUAUCGAUUUUGUGACAAUGUUUGGACAUUUGUAAUGGAAAACGUUGAAUUCCGUGAUGUGACACAGCCGGUAGACGGGGUUGUUGACCGUGUUAAAAUAGUAGCGUGUGAUGCAAGUGCCGCAAAACUAGCCAACACGUAG